CACGAACUGGAAGGUGAACUGAUGCCGGCGUCCAUGGAUUCUCCAUCUCCAAAAUCUCCAAAGAGGCUCCGCUCUGAUCCUGAAGCCGAAUCUGCAGACAAGGAUCGGAUCAGCUGUUUGCCCGAAGAUAUUAUAGGCUUUAUAUUAUCUCUUCUGCCACCUAGAGAUGCACAAGCGACUUGUCUUCUUUCCAGAAGAUGGAGGCAUUUGUCUACUUGUCGGGUUACCGACCUUGAUUUCGACCGGUCUGACUUAUUCACCAAGAUGAAAGAUAAUUGCAAGUUUGCAGAAGAGGAGAAGGCAAGAUAUGUGGAAUGGGUGGACAAUAUCUUGCAGUGUCUAAGUGGAGGAUACCAUUUGCGUAGAUUCAUGUUAUGCUUUGAUCUGAAUAUCUCAUAUAAGUCUCAUAUCGAUCGAUGGAUUAGGUUUGCAUUGACAAAACGAGUUAAAUUUCUCCGACUAGAUUUUAGGCCAGCCUCUUCUGAGGAUUUGUGGUCUACUUGUCACGUGCCAUAUCUGUUUGGGCAUGAGACACUUAUAGGUGCUGAUGCAGGGUGUUCCCAACGGGCUUCAGGUCUUAGUAAUUUUGGCUUGAACCCUUCUAGUUCUUGGCAUGUUGGCUUAAGGUAUCUCGAAGAGCUCACCUUGUGUCGAGUCACUGUGGAGGGAGAACUCAUUGAACAACUGCUUGUCAAUUGUCCAAUUCUAGAGCGAUUGACCUUAGUAUAUGCUCUUACUUUGAAAAGGCUUAGAGUAUCCGGGUCAAUCACUGAAGCUGAAAUACUUAUCCAUUGGAUGGUGUGA